AUGAGGUCUCUCAGAGCCGCAUUUCGGCAAAUACAUAAGCCACUGCAGGCUUUGGCAAGCCCAACAUUACCAAGGAGAAUAUUAUCAAGCCGCGGCUUUGCUACGUCAAUUCCGGCCGCUGAGCUGGAUUUCGGGCAGCCUGUUCAUGAAACACACCCUCACCUUCUCCAGGCUGGUGAAAUAACACCUGGUAUUACGGCUCAGGAGUAUGCCGAUCGCCGUGCCAAACUUGCCUUCAGUUUACCUGAAGGCGGCGUGGCCGUCCUGCCCUCGGCUGAGACAAAAUACCGUUCUGGUGCCGUCUUCUACUCCUUCCGUCAAGAAUCCAACUUUCUCUACCUCACCGGGUUUUCGGAACCUCAGUCCCUUGCCGUAAUUCGGAAAACGGGACCUUCUCUCGGCGACUACACCUUCCACCUCUUUUGCCGUCCUAAAGAUGCCCUAGCCGAGCAGUGGGCCGGGCCUUGGAGUGGCCUGCGUGCCGCGGAGGACGUUUUCAACGCCGAUGAGGCGGCCGAUAUUAACAGUCUCGCCGUGCUCCUCCCUCCACUCCUCCGCUCCGCCAACCGCAUUUACACCGACGCACCGCUGUCUUCCACCUCCGAGCUCUCCUCACCGCUUUCCUUGCCUUCCAUCAUCCGCGCCCUCCCUACUACACCCUCCACGGCCCCAUUAAGCCCCCUUGUCAACGCCCUCCGCGCUAUCAAAUCACCCGCCGAAGUCGAGGUCAUGCGUCACACUGGCCGCGUCUCUGGGCGCGCCAUCACCGCCGCUAUGAGCCGCCCUUGGUCCACCGAACCCGACCUGCACAACUUCCUCGCUCACGCCUUCACCAACGACAACUGCACGGGCCCAGCCUAUGUCCCCGUCAUCGCCGGCGGCCGCCGCGGCCGCAUGAUCCACUACACCCACAACACCGCCCGCCUCCGCGGCGACGAGAUGAUCCUCGUUGACGCCGGCGCCGAGUACGGCUGGUACAUCACCGACAUCACGCGCGUGUGGCCGGCGAGCGGCCGCUUCACCCAACCACAACGUGAUCUGUACGCCGCCGUGCUGGCCGUCCAACGUAAAGGUGUCGCCCUCUGCACGGCGCGCGCGGGGUUGUCGCUGGACGAAGUACACCGCGUGACGGAGUCGGCGCUGCAGGAGGAGCUCACCCAGCUCGGGUUCGAUUUCGCCAGUGGCAGCCUUCUCCGUAGCAGGGGCGACCUCAUGAGCACUCUCUUCCCGCACCACGUCGGGCACUAUGUCGGCCUGGAUGUGCACGAUGUGCCCGGGUACCCGCGCUCGGUGCCGAUGAAGCCGGGCCACUGCGUGACGAUCGAGCCGGGCGUGUAUGUCCCCGACGACGAGAGGUUCCCGAAGCACUUCCGCGGGCUGGCGGUGCGGAUCGAGGAUAGUGUGUGUGUGGGCGAGGAGGAUCCGUUGGUGUUGACCCCUGAGGCGGUGAAGGAGUUGGAUGAUAUCGAGGCGCUGCGGUGGGGUUCGAAACCGACAGAAUCCCCCUUGUAA